CAUCAUGUUUUGCUCAGUGAACUCCAGCAUGAACUCUUGCUGUUUGUUUUUUAUUCUCUGCAGGUUGAGUUGAGAAGAUGAAGCCUGCACAGGUGGUUGCAUUGACUCUACUGUCUGUUGUUGCGAUCGGCGCUCAGGUCUUGAGGUUGGGCAAAUGUCCCCAGCCUGCUGUUCAGGCCAACUUUGACGGCAACAGGUACAUUGGAAAAUGGUAUGAGAUCCAUAAGUUACCCACAAGCUUCCAGAAAGGCCAGUGUGCCACUGCUAACUACACCCUGCUGAGUCCUGGAGUCAUCGAGGUCCUGAACACUGAGCUUCUCGAUAAUGGAACCGUUAACGCCAUCGUCGGCUCUGCCAAAGUCAAGAACCCCGCUGAGCCUUCCAAGCUUGAGGUCUCCUUCAACAACUCUCCUCCCGGCCCCUACUGGUCUGACUACGACGGUCACUCUCUGGUCUACGGCUGCACCAACUACGGCCUGUUCCGUGUGGAGCUGUCCUGGAUCCUGAGCAGGAAGCCCACCCUCUCUAAGGAGACCCUCGAGAAGCUCCAAGGCAUCCUGUACUCUGUCGGAAUCAGCGUGGAAAACAUGGUCCCCACCAACCAGGAUGAGACUUAGUGCAGCCCAGUUAACCAGUGAACCAGUUAACCAGUGAACCAGUUAACGUACGCUCCUACUUCAGCCCACAGGACUGUGAGGCACAAUGAUUGCAUGCAAAGACAAUGCAACAAUAAAGCUGUGUGAAGAAAUUUCAUGUUGUCCAUUUUGACAUUGCAAAUACAAUCUGCACCUUUUAAAAUCUAAAACUAGGAUUUAAAUUCCAACAAUGCCCAGAAGACAAAAGUCCCAAUUUCUCUUUCACCUUCAGCACUUUUCUUUUCAACUUUACUUACUGCUGAUGGGGCUCGACUCCUUCUUAA